UAAUGACUUUACCCAUGAAUAUCUUUGAACUGUUUACAAUAGGUUUGUCGUUUCACGUUUUGUUUGUAUUUGAUGUUGAGGUGUAGUGUGCCGUUGGUGUGACUUGGUAUUUCGGAGAUGCUGUGACGCUGUAUAAUAAACUGUUUUGUCCAGCAAGCGGUUUAACACACUCUUUAAUAAUGUUUUACCACAUCUCCUUGGAGCAUGAGAUUCUACUUCAUCCACGGUAUUUUGGACCACAGCUUAUUGAAACCGUGAAACAGAAGUUAUAUACGGAGGUUGAAGGAACUUGCACGGGAAAGUAUGGUUUUGUAAUAGCCGUUACAACAAUAGAUCAUAUAGGUGCUGGCCUCAUACAGCCGGGCCAGGGCUUCGUUGUUUAUCCUGUUAAAUAUAAGGCUAUUGUGUUUAGGCCUUUUAAAGGAGAAGUUCUUGACGCUGUCGUCACACAAGUAAACAAGGUUGGGAUGUUUGCCGAGAUUGGUCCGUUGUCGUGCUUCAUUUCACAUCAUUCAAUUCCUGCAGAUAUACAGUUCUGCCCCAAUUCAAAUCCAGCUUGCUACAAAUCAAAGGAAGAAGAUAUUGUUAUAAAUCAGGAUGAUGAAAUUCGAUUGAAGAUUGUUGGCACACGUGUUGAUGCCUCAGGAAUUUUUGCAAUUGGGACAUUGAUGGAUGACUAUUUGGGUCUUGUGGGCAACUGAUCUCAUUCCAGGGAGUGGCCAGUGGUGUCUUUUUUAAAAUAUUAUUUUGUAUAAUCUGAUGCCUAUCGCUUGAUAAGGUGUUAGUUUGCAAUGAAUGUGAAAUGUUUGUAAAAUCUGAACUCAUCAGAAACUUCUGUGAAGGAACUGUUACAUUAUAUUAAUUAUGGAGUACA